UUUGUCCGUGUAAAAAAUCCCCUCCGGCUCAGCUUGAGAGCUUUUCCCAAAUAUUUGCUACUUGUCUUAUUCACAAGUACCCAAAAUUCCAGCAAGAGCGUCAUAGUAUGAUAUUUUCAUAUAAAUAGAGAAAUGCUUGAUGAUCUAUUCGGCAGUUUAAAAUGAGAUUCUCAAUCAUUUUCACUCUUGGGAUGCUUUUUAGCAUUGCCCAUGCGCGUCCUCAGUACUUCUUGUUCCCCGGAUUCAGUUUCCUGCCCUCUGGAAGUUCAUCAUCAGCCAAUUCCCACGCGUCCUCGCAGUCAGCAAGCUUUGGCGGUGGAAUUGGACCAAUUUACGGUGGAUUUUCCGCUUCCAAUUCUGCUGCACAAUCUUCAGCGUCCUCAAAUUCCUUCGGAGGAUUCCCGUGAGUGAUGAACGGAGUUCUUUUAGUGCUAUUUUACUCACAACUCUGGCUUGUUUGCAGGUUCUUCUUCGGCUGAUGAUUAUUUCCGUGUCUUCUCAUUCUCACCUUCUUUGACCGCCUCAAAUCGUCACAUUUUCAUUAGCAUCUCUACCGAGAUUCUGCUGAUGAUGCAAAACUCUGCCGGUUUGGCCUGGAGUCGAUUCAAUCACCAAUCGACGUGUUAACGGCAAUUUACAUAGAAAUAAAUUUGUUACUUCAUAACAGUUGGUUCUACGUCUCUUGUUGAUGUUGCUGGCAAUUUCUGCCCUGCCUGGGGUGUAUAAAAAGCGAAUCUCGUAGACAUUCUAAGUAGUUUCCGUGAAUUUUCAGUGAAAAUGAGAGUUGCUCUGUUCUUCCUGGCCAUCCUCUUGGCCAUUUGCAUCGUAACUGCCUAUCCACACGGAUACGGAGGCGGUUACGGGGGAGGAGGCUAUGGGGGCGGCUAUGGAGGAUAUGGUGGAGGAUACGGGGGAGGAGGAGGCGGUUAUUAUGGGGGCCGUCGGCGUGGUGGUUACGAUGGAUAUGGCGGACGAAGAGGAGGAGGCUUCGGUCCACCAGGACGAGGUGGGGGCUUUGGUCCCGGCUUCGGGGGAAGUGCAUCGAAUUCCCAGGCCAGCGCUCAGUCCAACACUUUCACAUUCGGCGGACAAUUAAGCAGUUCUUCCGCCAGUGCAGGCUCCAAUUCAUUCGGCGGAGGCUUGGGCAGAUAA